AUGGCCUCCGUGUCGCGCAUCGGCUCCUCUGCCCUGCGAGCUUCGCUCCGGGCCAACAACACCAGGCUUUCGGCUUUCCAGGCCGCUCGCUGCUACUCGGCCAAGUCCCAGACCCUGAAGGAGCGCUUCGCUGAGCUUCUUCCCGAGAAGAUCGAGGAGAUCAAGGCCCUUCGCAAGGAGCAUGGCUCCAAGGUCGUCGACAAGGUCACCCUUGACCAGGUCUACGGCGGUGCCCGCAGCGUCAAGUGUCUUGUCUGGGAGGGUUCCGUCCUCGACUCCGAGGAGGGUAUCCGCUUCCGCGGCAAGACCAUCCCCGAGUGCCAGGAGCUUCUCCCCAAGGCACCCGGCGGCAAGGAGCCCCUCCCCGAGGGUCUCUUCUGGCUCCUCCUGACCGGCGAGGUCCCUACCGAGCAGCAGGUCCGCGACCUGUCCGCCGAGUGGGCCGCCCGUGCCGACCUCCCCAAGUUUGUCGAGGAGCUCAUCGACCACUGCCCUACCGACCUGCACCCCAUGGCGCAGUUCUCCCUCGCCGUCACUGCUCUUGAGCACUCCUCCUCCUUCGCCAAGGCUUACGCCAAGGGCGUCAACAAGAAGGAGUACUGGGGCUACACCUUUGAGGACUCGAUGGACCUCAUUGCCAAGCUGCCCACCAUUGCGGCUCGCAUCUACCAGAACGUCUUCAAGGGCGGCAAGGUCGCCGAGGUCCAGAAGGACAAGGAUUACUCCUUCAACUUUGCCAACCAGCUUGGCUUCGGCAGCAACGAGGGCUUCAUUGAGCUGCUGCGUCUCUACCUGACCAUCCACACCGACCACGAGGGUGGCAACGUCAGCGCCCACACGACCCACCUCGUCGGCAGCGCUCUCAGCUCCCCCUACCUCUCCGUGGCCGCCGGCCUCAACGGUCUCGCCGGUCCCCUGCACGGCCUCGCCAACCAGGAGGUCCUCAACUGGCUCACCGACAUGAAGAAGUCGGUUGGUGACGACCUCUCGGACAAGUCCAUCACCGACUACCUCUGGUCGACCCUCAACGCCGGCCGUGUCGUGCCCGGCUACGGCCACGCCGUCCUCCGCAAGACGGAUCCCCGCUACAGCGCCCAGCGCACCUUCGCCCAGGCCCACAUGCCCGACGACCCCAUGUUCAAGCUCGUCAGCCAGGUCUACAAGAUCGCCCCCGGCGUCCUGACCGAGCACGGCAAGACCAAGAACCCCUACCCCAACGUCGACGCCCACUCUGGCGUGCUCCUCCAGCACUACGGUCUGACCGAGGCCAACUUCUACACCGUUCUCUUCGGUGUGUCCCGCGCCAUUGGUGUGCUUCCCCAGCUCAUCAUUGACCGCGCCGUCGGUGCCCCCAUUGAGCGCCCCAAGUCUUUCUCCACCGAGAAGUGGAUCGAGAUUUGCAAGAAGCUGUAA